GCUUUAGCCGAUGGCAGUGGCUGAUGCCCGGCGGCGGAUGCCAGCGGCAGCCGGGCGAUGGCGAGGAGCCGGGCGGCUUACGAGUACACGGAGGCGGAGGACAAGAGCAUGCGGCUGGGUUUCCUCCUCAUCGCCGCCGGCUUGCUUUCCCUCUUGGGUUUGGGCUGUUGCUGGCUUCGCCCGGCGCUGCAGGAGCGGGGCGGCGGCGGCUCCGCCAACUGCACGGUGCUGGCGGUGCGGCAGCUGGGGGAGCGCUUCGCCUGCACCUUCUCCUGCGGGGCCGCCUGCCGCGGCACCGCCCGCUACCCCUGCCUGCAGGUCCUGGUCCGCACCUCCCGCUCCUCCGCACCCGCCCUGCUCCACGAGGACGAGCGGCAGCUGCGCACCAACCCCAAGUGUUCAUACAUCCCUCCCUGUGCAAGAGACGAUCAGGAGAACUCUGAGAACGUCACGUACAAGCAGAAAUACUGGAAAGAGAAAGUGGGUUCUCAACCAUUUACGUGCUAUUUUAACCAGCACUUGAGGCCGGAUGAUGUGAUGCUGAAGCGCACCCAUGAUGAGACUGUUCUCUUGCACUGCUUCCUCUGGCCUGUGGUGACUUUCCUGGUUGGAGUCCUCAUUGUGGUCCUGACCAUCUGUGCCAAGAGCUUGGCUGUCAGGGCAGAGGCAAUAAAAAAGAAGAAGCAUUUGUGAGUGGCAAGGCUGCUCAUGGAAAAGAAAAACCUGCAAGAUGGUCUCAGGUGGGGCAACCUGACACCCCUGCAGGGGCACCCGGCUGCAUCUCCUUCCAGGGCCUGAUCUGUGGUGGAGUUGCUCUUGUCUCAGGAUUGUUCUUGGGAGAUUUCCCCAUGAAAAUGCCAGCUAAAUGCUUCUUCUGCUAUGGCACUCAAUAAGUAUAUUCUACCAAAAA